CCUUACUGUGGAGACCGACAUAACAGAUCAAGCAGCAAAUUCAACAUCCACAAAGAAGGAAUCCUAGCCACAAUGGCGUCUGGAUACAACAGCUAUCUCUUGACCAACCUUGAAACUGAAAGCCAAGGCCCCAGAGAUUCACAAAUGAGACUUGUCUUACUGGGUAAGACUGGAUCAGGAAAAAGUGCAACUGGGAACAGCAUUCUGGGAAGGACUGAGUUUUGUUCUAGCCUUUCAGCUAAGUCCGUCACCAAGACCUGUGAGAAAGGAAGUUUCAGGUGGAAUGAGAGAGAACUAGUUGUCGUGGACACUCCAGGCAUCUUUGACACCGAGGUGCCCGAUGAGAACACCAGGAAGGAGAUUGCCCGUUGCCUCCUCUUGACUUCCCCGGGCCCUCACGCCCUGCUUCUGGUGGUCCCACUGGGACGUUACACCGAAGAAGAGCAUAAGGCCACAGAGAAGAUGCUGGAAAUGUUUGGAGAGAGAGCUAGAAAGUACAUGGUUCUCCUCUUCAGUCGGAAGGAUGACUUGGAUGACCUAGAGUUUCAGGAGUACUUAGGGGAAGCUCCUAAAGUCCUUCUAGACCUGAUGAGCAAGUUUGGUAAUCGUUACUGUCUGUUCAAUAACAGAGCAAAAGGAGCUGAGCAAGAAGCCCAGAGGGCACAGCUGGUGGCCCUGGUCGAUCGGGUGGUGAUGGAGAAUGGAGGAACAUGCUACACUAAUGAGAUGUACCAAAAGGCUGAGCAGGAGAUUCAGAAACAAGUCCGACUAAAACAGCAACGUUACAGAGCAGAAUUUGAGCGAGAGAAAGCUGAGAUAAUAGAGAAGUAUGAAGAAAGAAUCAGAACAUUGGAAGAUAAACUAGAGCAGCGGGAGAAACAGGCUGAAAUGGAGAGGAAAUUGGAAGAAAAGAAGCUAUUUUAUGAAUCAAAGCAAAAAAAUGCCAGACAUGAAUUUGAGAGUCAGAAUCUGAUGGACAUUCUUGAACAAAUCAUGAAGGCACUGAAAACUGUCUCCUCAUUUUUCAAAGAUUUUUUUAAGGAUAAGUAAAUGUAUUCAAAGCUAUCUCUGUUUCCUGUGUAUCUUCUGGCUACUCUGCUCCAUAGAAGUCAUUCACCAAAGAAAGAGUGUUUCUCCUUUCCUUUACGGUCUCACAUAUAAGGGGAAAGUCCAGUAGACAGGACAAUUAGCAAGUGUUUGGUAUAUUCAGAAGUGUCUCAACAAUAAUCACUUUUCUUGGGAAACCCUUGCCCCCCAAACUGCGUUAUUCCUCACCAGGAUUACUCUUUCCCGGGGUGGGAGUGUGAUGAGCUUACCUGCAAAAUUCUGUCCUCACAGAGGGGGAAUUGUGUUGAUUGCUGUUAUUAAAAUAAAAGUAUUGUUCUUUCACAGUG